CAACCACUCCGUCUCGGGUUCCUGCAUGCCCACGUCGGAUGCCCCAUCAUGAACGAACAAGUUGACUACACUUCGAGUUGCAGAUCACCAGUAUGCCCGAACCAUGAGCGAAGACCGCCCCCCGCUGCAGGACGACGAGGUCAUUGCCUUGGCCCGGCAAUCCAUCAUCUCCGCCAGGGAAGACACCACCCGCCGCACUGAAGCCGACACCACAGAGGGCGUGGCCAAGGACUUGCAGCAGCCAGGCGUCACCAUCGACCUUGGCCACCAUGGCAUACGUCGCUUGCCCGACGAGGUCAUCGACAUAAUCAAGCACGACAUAGAGAGGCUUGCUCUAUCACACAACCAGCUGAGCACCCUGCCCCUCAAGCUUACCGAAUGCUCGCGCCUCCGCUAUCUGAACGUCCGCUAUAACGGCCUUCGCGAGUUUCCCAACGCCGUUCUACAACUCUCGACGCUCGAGAUAUUGGACGUAAGCAAAAACAAGAUCAGGGAGAUUCCGGAGGAGAUAUGCAACUUGACUUCGCUGAAGGUACUGGCGAUCCAGCGCAAUAGGAUCGAACGGCUGCCGCUUUGUUUAGGUGAAAUCAGCAGCUUGCACAUGCUGAAGCUCGACGGCAACCCCAUAUUAUUCCCUCCGCCCGAGGUCUGCAGUAUCAGGGAUAACGCGCAAAUGUCUGGCGACAACGAGCGCGACGCCGUCAUCACUACCCAGGUCAAAAAAUACCUUAGACAAGCGGCUCGGGAACGUCUUCGUGUUGAGUCGGAAGGAGAUUCAAGCGAAAGCAACGUUGAAACCCCGCGUCCCAUGAAGUCCAGGGUGGGUGGCCGGUUCCCAGUCAAGCCCAGCAUCAGCAGCAUGGAUGCCUUCGCCGACUUGAAGCCCGUAUCCCCAGGCGACCCGCCUCCGAUACCUGUCCGGUCUCAUUUCCGCGUACAAUCCCAACAGAGUUCAGUCGCGCGCCGGCCGCCUGUAGCACCUCUCGGCAACGGCAACGAGCGCAACAGAAGCCACAGUGAGGGCGCCGGGCCGGCAAGCAUCCGCUCUAAGCGAAUGGGUAUAGUGACUCGGAAGGGUACCGAUCUUGCUCCGCUUAACGAAGCACGCUCGAGCGUCGUCAGCCAUUCGCGCGACUUCAGCCACGGCUCGUCUGUCAGCGACCUUUCUUCCACGUCGCAACCCAACGGCGUCGCACAUACAUCUGCGCCAUCAAGUGCUGUAGAUCAGCAGCGGCCGAGGUUGCCGACUGUCCGUCCGCUCUCCGAUGUCCUGGAGCACAAGCCUUGGUCGAACGAUUAUGAUGGAAUUGUUCACUCAUACCGAUUGACUGCUGAAGCCGCUAUGGACUUCCUACGUCCUAGCGAGAAGUUGCUACGCCGCAUCAAUGUGCCGGAGCAGCAAGCCCUGAUGGCCGGCUUGUAUCGCAUUAAGUCAGGCGCAUACACGCUGGACAACCUCCUCGACUCAUACGAAGCAUUGGCGGAGGAUCAGGAAAAUGAAGCUGAUGAAAUAUUUGCUCGGAUUCUGGAAGGAGGUGACAGUUGCUUGCAUGAAAUGGCAGAGUUCGAAAUCAUGCUUCACGAAUCCGCGGAUGACAUCGUCAAAGCGGUCGAGGAUUUUACUUUACGGUGCGCUUGGCGCGGACAACUGAACGCCCAAUACAUGGGUGCGGUCGAGGCGCGCAAUGCUUGCGCGAUGCUCGGGAUCAGCUUCACCGACUCGGCCAGCACCAAACCUGUCAACAGUCGCCAGCCUAGAGCAUCGACUACGCCUACCCAGACCAUGCCUCAUCCAGAGCAAAGAUUGAGGGUCACGCAAGGCUACAACAACGUCUCUGGUCCGGCCAACCAAUUUGGCUUGACCCCACCGAUGCCCUCCACUAGCCGGACGAACACGCUCUCCAGCAUCAGUUCCGCAACUCCACGCUCAGGCGAAUCCUUUGCUACACUUGGCUCAGUCUCGAUGUCGCGCAGCAACACCAUGCAAAGCAUGGCCGAAGAUUCUGACGAAGAAAGGAUAUUCGAGCGAAUUUGGGAAAAGCUCAACACUGCGUGCAAGUUGACCCUUAAGACCCUACCGGCUUGUCACAUGAAAUUCGAUCAAGCCCGCCACUCUGCAAGACAUGAGAGGGUUAUCUCCAGAUGGAUCUUAGUCCUUGAGCAUUCAAAGGCUGUACACGACAAGGUAACUCAUCUCGAUCGGCUUGUGAGCGGUGUUAAGCUCAGAGAUGCGGAAUUCCGCGGCUCCGAGGGAUUCUGGGUGCACUGCACCGCCUAUGUCAAGGCUUGGAGCGACCUCGCGAUGACUGUCAAGGAAAUCGCUCAAAUGGGUCAACUCCCCGAGGACAUAAAGCAGGCCAUGAAGCCCAUCCAGAAAGCCGUCAAGGAAGCCAGUGUUGCUAUUACUGCUUCGCCUUGGAGUCACCUGGCAGUCCGGAACGAAACCGCAUACUCGCAGCAGAUGCCACCCAUGCAUCCUGGCAGUCGUGUCAUCGGUCACGGGUAUGGAGGCUCCAGUACCUCCUCCUUGCCUGGUCCCAUCAACACGUCCAUUGCCAGUAUUUCGAAUUAUACUCACGUCGGGCUUCCCCCUACUAGCUCGGGCUACGUCACUCCGGUGCCUGCUACGCCUCUGACCGCGGCUCUUGGUGCUGCCGCACAGGCAACUGUGCCCAGCACUCCAAGCCGUGCUCCAACCCCUGUUGACCAGUCGGCGCCUUUGACCGGUCGCUUUGCUGGUAAUGUGUUUGAGAGGGCCGAUCGCCUUCUCCAACAGACUCAACGGCGCGUCUAGAAUCCCUGCCGGGAUCCACCAAGUCUACCACUGCCUACAUGCUUGCUUGCUUUUAGAUUUGCUUCAAAACAACUUGGAUUUCUUGAGCGGGAAAUGACAGCAUUGAAUCAUUGACGAGGGUUUAAUUUGCCCCUGACUUUCUUUCUAUUUUCCACAUUACUGCAUUAGCGAGGGUGUUGAGCUUUGGCUCGGACGACGGCGUCGAACGGUCGAUUUGCAGAGUUUGCUGAACGGGACAUGGUGGAUCCACAGGCUUUUAGGGUAGGAUAGAACUGAUAGUCGAUAGUGAAUCUUGAACUGCAGGC